AAAUUAAAUCAAGGAAGAAGAGUCAGUCCAAAAAUAAUCCCAGCAGCAGAAGAAGAGACAGCCGCUAGCCGCUAGCCGUUAGCUUUACAGCCAAAGCUAGCUAGCCGUUAGCUAAUAUUUAUCAAUGACCGGUUAGCGUCGCUGCUGGUGUCGAAAUAAAAUCCUAUGCUGCGCCAGAGAGGGAAGGUGACAUCAAACAGUCCCUGACAGAGACCCAACGACAACAUGGAGAAACAGUUGCAUCUGAACCUGUUAGCUUCCAGACCUCCUAUGGCAGGGGGUGUUCAGUCCAGCUCCAAGAUGAAAAUGGGACCUGGUCGGAAGAGAGAUUUCUCCCCGCUGCCCUGGAGCCAUUACUUUCAGACCAUGGAAGACGUUGAGGUGGAGAAUGAGAAUGGCAAAGAUAUUUUCAGAAUUUACUGCAGUGGUGCCCAUGGUCCUGUGCUGCUCCUGCUCCAUGGAGGAGGCCACUCUGCACUCUCCUGGGCAGUGUUCACUGGCGUUAUAUGCAGCAGGAUCACCUGCAGGGUCGUGGCUAUGGACCUUCGAGCUCAUGGUGACUCCAAAGUGAAAAAUCCUGAAGAUCUCUCUGCAGAUACGAUGGCCAAGGAUAUUGGCAAAGUGGUGGAGGUGCUCUACGGAGAGAACCCUCCUCCGAUCAUGAUUAUUGGACACAGCAUGGGUGGGGCCAUUGCAGUUCACACAGCCAUUGCCAAUCACCUACCAUCUCUUCUGGGCCUCUGUGUUAUUGACGUUGUAGAAGGUACAGCGAUGGAUGCUUUGAACAGUAUGCAGAAUUUCCUCAGAAGUCGGCCAAAGACAUUUAAAUCUCUGGAGAACGCCAUUGAGUGGAGUGUGAAAAGUGGCCAGAUCCGAAACAUGGAGUCAGCACGUGUGUCAAUGGGAGGCCAAGUGAAGAAAUGUGAGGACCCCACUAGCAGUCCAGUAGUCUCUAACAGCAUUGGCGAAGGUAUAAUAGAAGAGGACGAGGAGGAAGAAGCAGAAGAAGAAUCCAACAAGAAAAGGAUGAAGGAAGAUGAUCAAGAGAUGAAAAAGGAAAGCAUCUUCACCUGGCGUGUGGAGCUGUCAAAGACAGAAAAGUACUGGGAUGGCUGGUUCCGAGGCCUGUCUGCUCUCUUCCUCACCUGCCCUGUGCCAAAACUGCUUCUGCUCGCAGGAGUGGACAGGCUGGACAAAGACCUUACUAUUGGACAGAUGCAAGGGAAGUUUCAGAUGCAAGUCCUCCCUCAGUGUGGUCACGCUGUCCAUGAGGACGCACCUGAAAAAGUAGCAGAUGCUCUAGCAACAUUUAUGGUCCGACACAAAUUCACUGAGUUUAAGGAAGGAUAUCUGUGCUAAUGUCCACUUUUCAGUCUAAAUAUAGCCAGCAGACCUAGAAGAGUUGACACUAUCGUACAAUUUAACAGAAAAUUGAGGAAAACGUAACUAUUAUUAUUGUUAUUAUUAUUUUGCUUUUCUUAUGUAGAUAUUUUGCCUUUCAGCUUUGCCUUAUUUUUAUUUUCAAAACACUGGGAUUUGAUUGUACUUUUCCUUUAUAAUAUGUAUAUUUUUUAAUUUCAGAAAUGUAUUGCUCUCCUCGUUUUCAUGUUUUAUUCUGAGUGAUUGCGUCAUGUUAAUGUGUUUGUAAUCUUUGAUUUCAAACAAUGAUUAAAGAUGGAUGCAGCAAACAUGUCACACGUGCUUCUAUAUUUGGUAGUUGUAGGAAUUAUUGAAUACUUAAAAUGACCUAUGGAUGAAUGUAACUGGUGUUCUGAGUAAGUGACAGUGGAUUCUGCUUACAAUAAUGCUAGACACUCCAAUUACACCAAGAAAUGCCUGAAUUCAUUGAGACAGUCUUUUAUUACCAAAGCAGAGACGAAGACCAUUUUACAUUUGUAGCAUGAAUUUCACUCUAUGCAACAUUGGGUGUUUUGGCCUUUUAAUCACAAGACACCCUCUGCUUUGGCCGACCACAGGCUAAUCAGACCUGGGUGCGUGUCCCUAACAUCAGGGAGCCCAGUUGGUGUCUUUCCUCCUGAUCCAGAGCCAUUGGUUGCAGCGUUCUGCUAAAAACACCUUAUCUGGCAAUAGUAGAGAAAGUAAUUGAAAGAAAGUGAUGUAAUUGUCUGCCCUUUUGUCUGGAUAGGCACAAAACGUUCAUUGUUUUUCUGUGCUGUAUCUUUUGUGAACAAGGAUGAAAAAAUAUACAGUAUACCCUAACUAAACAGAGAAGGCAUCAGCUGAUGUCGUCAGACUUAAUCUACUCUGCUCUUCCUUCCACUGUCAGGUUUAGAUAAACAUUUUUGCGUUUUCUUCUCUUUAUUCUUUAAUUAAAAUUGCUUCAUUCUCAAUCAUGUCACAGUUCUAUGUAAAGUAUGUAAAAUUUUGAAUUUUGACAAUUGUGUUAAAUCUCAAAGAGUGGAAAAACCAGAGGAUAAGUUGCCUUUGUUGUUUUGAAAUUAUAUUUUAUAAAAUGAUGACACCUGA